GUACCGCAGCGACUAACAGUGCAAGAUGGCGGCCGCCUAUCUGACCCACCAGCAGAAGGUCCUGCGGCUCUACAAGAAAUCCCUGAGACACCUCGAGUCCUGGUGCAUCUUCAGGGAUAAAUAUCGGUUCUACGCGUGUCUGAUGCGAGCACGCUUCGAUGAGAAUAAGCAUGAGAAGGACCUGGUGAAGGCCACGCUGAUGCUGAAGGCAGGAGAAGAGGAGUUCUGGACCCACCAGCACCCGCAGCCCUACCUGUUCCCCGACUCCCCUGGAGGCACGUCCUACGAGCGCUACGAGUGCUACAAGGUCCCUGAAUGGUGUCUGGAUCACUGGCACCCGUCGGAGAAAGCCAUGUAUCCGGAUUACUUUGCUAAGAGGGAGCAGUGGAAGAAGCUUCGGGCUCAGAGCUGGGAUCGAGAGGUCCAGCAGCUUCAGGCUGAAACCCCUGCUGAGGGCCCUAAAUCUGAGGCUCUUCCUCCGGCCCGCAGGGAAGGGGAUCUUCCUCCGCUGUGGUGGCAGUUCGUGACUCGCCCCCGAGAGCGGCCCAUGUGAUGACGUGUGGAAAACACCUCUAUCUGCUCAAUCCUUAUCAUUCUAAUAAAGUAUUAUGUGAAUCAGU